AAACACCCUAAACAAAAAAGCUUUAUAAUCUUUCUUCAUUAUCUUUACAAAUAAAAAUCAACACCGUUUCUAAUUUUCGUUGUUACCAAUGGACGAUCUAGCCAAGCAGAUACUAACACGACCGAUUCAACUCGCGGACCAAGUCGUUAAAGCCGGAGACGAAGCCACAAUCAACAAACAAGAAUGCGCCGAGAUCAAGUCCAAGACCGAGAAGCUCGCUGCUCUCCUCCGUCAAGCAGCACGCGCGAGCUCCGACCUCUACGAACGUCCCACGCGCCGUAUCAUCGACGACACUGAAAACGUUCUCCAGAAGGCCUUGACCAUGGUCCUUAGAUGCCGUGACGACGGCUACAUAAUGCGUUUAUUCAACAUAAUCCCCGCCGCAGCAUUCCGGAAAAUGAUCUCCCAGUUAGAAAACUCCGUCGGUGACGUCUCUUGGCUCCUCCGUGUGUCGACUCCCGCCGGUAACGACGACGGAGAAGGGGUUGGUUACUUAGGUCUCCCUCCUAUAGCAGCUAACGAACCGAUCUUGUGUCUAAUUUGGGAGCAAAUCGCUGUCUUAAUGACCGGUUCGCCGGAUGAUAGAGCCGACGCCGCGGCUUCCCUAGCUUCCUUAGCUAAAGACAACCCAAGAUACGUUAAGUUAAUAGUGGAAGAAGGUGGAGUCAACCCUUUGUUGAAGCUAGUUAAAGAAGGAAAAAUCGACGGUCAAGAAAACGCGGCGAGGACGAUCGGGCUAUUGGGUCGAGACCCGGAGAGCGUGGAGCAGAUGAUCCAAGCGGGUGUGUGUUCAGUGCUAGCGAAUGUUUUGAAAGAAGGUUCGAUGAGGGUACAAGCGGUUGUUGCUUGGGCCGUUUCGGAGCUUGUUGAUGGUGGGAACCAUGCGAAAUGUCAAGAGCUGUUCGCGCAAAACAAUGUGAUCCGCCUUCUCGUGAGUCAUUUAGCGUUUGAGACGGUUCAGGAACAUAGCAAAUACGCGGUUGUUGCGGGUAGAGCGACGUCGAUGCAUCACGCGGUUGUGAUGGUUAGUAAAACUAGUGCUAGUAAAGAGAAUCUACCCGCCUUGCAAGAGGAGGAGGAUAGUGAGAACGGUAUCGCAAAUCACUUGCCGAAUCAGAUGCAUAGCAUUAUUAAAACUACAAUGGCGAUGAAAUCGGUUAAAUCCGUCCUCGGCGACGAGGAUAGACCGCCACCGCCGUCACCGGGGAAGAUUCCAGAGAAGAGCUAUAGCGGAAUAAGCAAGUCUUUUAGCCCAGCUCAUCAGUCGCGAAACGCGUCGGUGACUAGAGGGAGGGAGCUGGAAGAUCCGGCGACGAAGGCCUACAUGAAAGCGAUGGCGGCGAGGGCGUUGUGGAAGCUCGCGGUUGGAAACGCGACGAUCUGUCGAGUCAUCACCGAGUCGCGAGCCUUGCUAUGUUUCGCGGUUUUGCUAGAGAACGGAGACGAGGAGACCAAGUACAACACAGCCAUGGCGAUCAUGGAGAUAACCGCGGUCGCGGAGGAAAACGCUGAUCUGAGAAGAUCAGCGUUUAGACGCACUUCCCCCGCGUGCAAAGCGGUAGUCGAUCAGUUAUUCCGAAUCGUCGAAAACGCAGACGCGGGAUCAGACCUACUCAUCCCCUGCGUUAGGUCAAUAGGAAACUUGGCUCGCACGUUCAAGUCCGCGGAGACGGGUAUGAUCGUGCCUCUGGUGAAGCUCCUCGACGACGGGGAGCCGGAGUUAGCGGCGGAGGUGGCGAUGGCGCUGGCGAAGUUCGCGACUGAGGAUAACUUCUUGGGGAAAGAGCAUUCGAGGACGAUCAUUGACGCAGGAGGAUCGAAGCUACUUGUGCAGUUAGCGUAUUUUGGAGAGAAGGGAGCUCAGAUUCCUGCGUUGGUUUUGUUGAGCUACGUGGCGAUGAAUGUGCCGGAUAGUGAGCAGUUGGCUAAGGAUGAAGUGUUGACGGUGUUGGAGUGGGCGUCCAAGCAAGGGAAUGUGAUGGAGGAAGAGGACAUGGAAGGUUUGUUGUAUGAAGCUAAGAGUAGACUUGAGCUUUAUCAGUCAAGAGGAUCCAGAGGCUUUCAUGUUUGAAUGAUUAAUUCAUGAUUGAGUGAAGAAGCUUCGUUUCUGGAUCACAUUAGAAAAUAUAUUUUUCACAUUUAUUCAAAUGAUAUUCUUGUAGAUGAUGACUGUUUCUUAAAAAGAAAACUACCUCCACUACUAUCAAAAAGUUGUAAUAUAACAUUUUUUAUGUAUUCGAUUUGUUUAUUGGCUUAGCAGUGAGAAGGCAAAAUUUUGCAUUUGAUUAAGAUUUCACAAUUAAUUUU